UGUCCGCCCCUCAUUGUCUCUCUCUGUAUCUUCACCAUUGGCUACUCUGCUUCUCCAACAUACAUAUAUAUAUAUAUACACUGCAAAAAAUCACAGAAACUAAGGCGAGAAAAUCAUAGCACCACUGCUUUUAGUUGCGGCUGCGAGAGAACUGAAUACUGACAGUAUUCUGAUUGUAAUUGUCAGGUGUGUAUAACAAUCAAUGGCUGCCACAGCUGCCUUAUCGGCAAACAGCCGCACUAUCACAACCCCAUCAAGCGGCAGAUUGUUCUUCAACAGCUACGAUAAGGGGCAGAAGAAGAGGCAAAUUAAUUUUCUGAAAAUCAGAGCUUCUGAUGAUUCUGAGUGCAACACUGAAGAAUGUGCCCCGGAUAAGGAGGUUGGGAAGGUCAGUGUGGAGUGGUUAGCAGGUGAAAAAACUAAAGUGGUUGGUACAUUUCCACCUCGUACUCAGGGAUGGACUGGAUAUGUGGAGAAGGAUACUGCUGGCCAGAAAAAUAUAUACUCUGUUGAGCCUGCAGUUUAUGUGGCAGAAAGUGCAAUUAGUUCAGGAACUGCAGGUUCCUCUGCUGAUGGAUCAGAAAAUACUAUCCUAGUUGCAGGUGGCCUUGCUUUGAUCUCCAUUGCUGCUGCAUCCGCAAUACUCCUUCAAGUUGGCAAGAACCCUCCUCCAAUCCAGACAGUGGAAUACUCUGGACCAUCACUUAGUUACUAUAUCAACAAGUUUAAGCCAACCGAAAUCAUGGAAGCUGCGGCUCCCCUCGUGACAGUAACAUCCACUUCGUUGCAAUCAGAAAGCUCCAACAUUGAAGUUCCCCAAGUUCGGGUUCUAUCGGAAUCUCUGCAGGACACUUCCAUAUCAAGUUCCAACAUCUCUUAGGCUUGAUUUUCUAGAAUAUGAAAGUCAAGCCAAAUUUUUACUUGUAUACUUUACGAAUAUGUAGUUUCCUGUAACAUUAAACAAAUUCUUUUUUCAAGAGAAGCAUGUAGUUAAAUUUUCAUGCUACUGAUGGAGAAAAGGUAUAGUUUUCAUCAAGCAUUUAUGAUUA